CUGUCAGUCGUCGCCAGCGAGUGGUCGCGGGUGGACGUGUGUCUUGAGCUCUGUACCCGCGCGUGGCUCAGCUUGGAGGCUUCAACCAUGAGUGAGGAGAGCGGCCACUUGUUCGCCCCCGUCUGCCGUACUGCGCGUUUCUGUGAGCGAUUCCCCAUGGAUGGAUAGUUCGUGUUUUGCAACGAAGGGAGAAGAGUGCGUGCGCGGUGAUUAGAGGAUCGAGUGUGUGUGUUUGUGUAUAUAGUUGAAAGAGAGGGCUUCGGAUACUGUCGCCCAAGAACAACCCUCCGAAACACGCAUCUUUAUUUGGUCGGCCCGCGCGGAUUUUCGACCUUGCAAGCCCGUGCAAUAAGGAGGGCACCGCGGAGGAUAUUUGCAACCAAAGAUUCCCCUCUUGAGAGAAGGGAAAGAAAAUAAAGAUAAAAAAAGAGAGGCUGCGCUGAGUCCAUGUGAGGGACACAGACAGCAGUCGUCGCUUCUUCCAUUCUAGUCACACUCAGCGGGAGUAGUCAGCAGGCAGAGCAGGUUAUCCCUCUCUCCCUCCUCCUCUUUGCCGCCCACCUGUGCAAUUUACACGCCCGCGUUUCUCUAGUCAACACCCACCACGCCCAUCAGAAACUACCCCCCACACGCCCCAUAUCUCCUCGAGUACCCACACGUCUCCCUCAGCCUCACCUUGAGUGUAUCCCCGCGUUGAUACGUCGAGUGUGCUCCAAAUAUUCUAGUCUCUCCUUCUCUUUCGACGAGGAAUUCAAGAAAGGAGAAAAAAAAAAAAUAGGAACCGAAUUGCUUUGUGUAAUAGAUUAAAUAGUUUAUGAUUAUAGAUAAGAGAGAUAUUAUAGUUAAAACUAUAUCUGACGAUUAUUUAGUCACUCUUAGUUCGUACUGGUACUAGUGACUAACGUUAAGUGAUCGCGAUUUUAAGACACUAAGAAGAGAAAAAAAAUCGUCACCAUGAAAUACGGAGAUAAUUUCGUGCGUUCCAUGCGCCGCUCUCUGCGCAUUAAGAAGAGCAAGAGCGUCACCAUCACCAACAAUAACACCAUCAAGAGGAAAUCAGACUCGUUCGUCAACUCUCAGGAAUGGACGCUGUCCCGCGGCGUGCCCGACCUGCGGCUGGGCAUCGUAGGCUCGCUCUCCUCCGGCAAGUCCGCCCUCGUGCACAGAUACCUGACGGGGUCGUACAUGCAGGAGGAGAGCCCCGAGGGAGGCCGCUUCAAGAAGGAGAUCGUGCUGGACGGACAGAGUUACCUGCUCCUCAUCCGCGACGAAGGAGGCCCGCCGGAACUGCAGUUCACGGCAUGGGUGGACGCGGUGAUCUUCGUGUUCAGCCUCGAGAACGAGUCGUCCUUCAAUGCCAUCUACAACUACUACGCGAAGAUGGCACACUACCGCAACACGACGGAGGUGCCGCUCAUCCUCGUGGGCACUCAGGGUAAGUGUGGAAGGCGACGUGCUUGUUCGCGUUGUUUGUUUGUUUUGUUUGUGUUUCGUUGGUUGGGGGGGAGGCUGGGUUGGAGUCUGUUGUUUUUGUUUGUUUUUCCCUUUCUUUUCUUGUCUGUCGCCGUCGGAUCACGCAUGACAGGAGGCACGUGGCAGGAGGCUCCUGAGAUGGGCGAGUCGGAGCGUUGCCUCCUGGCGUCGCUGCAGCACGGCGGCAGAAGCCCACAGCGGGAGGUUAUCUUUCAUUUUGGUUGCUGGUGA